GGUGAAUGCCAAGUGACGUAUUUAGAAGAGACGGUAGGCUCCGAAUACGAUGGUCUUCUAUCGACAGCCUAAUAGUCUUAAGAUUUUACCGAAGCACAUCUCACUCUGCUCGCCUUCUCGUACCUAUACUUAUAAUAUAAAGGGAGCAAAGUCGAUAUCUAACUUCACAAACAUUGGUGGAAGUUAUAACCUUGUACUGCGAGGGCAAACACAGAGCUUCAAGGCUCGUCGCACGUUCAUACUACAGGAGCGUGGCUUUAGCACAUCUAAAAUCAUGGCGGCACCACCCCCAACCUCUCUGACUGAUGCGGUGGUUACGGCGAUGAAAAUACUCUUCCCGGAAGAGCUCGCGGAUAGCGCAUGGGAUAAUACGGGAUUACUACUUGGACAAGCGCCGUCGCCGCCGUCGGCGAAAAUUGAAAAGGAGGUUGGUGGCACAGUUCUUCUAACGAAUGACCUGACGUCGGCUGUUGUCGAUGAGGCUCUGAAAGAGCGCGCUAAUAUGAUCGUUUGCUACCACCCGGUCAUCUUCAGACCCCUGAAAUCUCUUACUACUAAAGACCCAAUGCAAACUCUCCUGUUGCGCCUAAUUGCCGAGAGAAUUUCGGUCUACUGUCCCCACACGGCUAUGGAUGCGGCCAGUGGAGGGUUGAAUGACUGGCUUUGUGACAUUCUUCUAGACGGAGAACAUCAGGCCAAGCGUACGGUAGUUCAGCCUAUCUCCCGACCGCUACCUGAAGGACAUGAAUAUACCGGAUAUGGACGAACGGUCGAACUAGGCCGGCCCAUCAACCUGCAAACUCUCCUAAAACGUCUCUCUGCAGGCAUAGGCAACCAGCGUUACAUAAUGGUAGCCCUACCGCCAUCCCUGAAGGGUCUCACCAGCACGCAAGAAAUCUCCAAGGUGGCCGUCUGUGCGGGCUCUGGCGCAGAUGUGCUGAAGGAUACCGAUGCGCAGGUCCUGGUCACGGGCGAGAUGGCCCAUCAUUACGCGCUUAGACACACGCAGCUCGGCCAAAUUGUGGUGACCGUGUUCCACAGCAACUCCGAACGGAAGUACCUAGAGACGAGACUGAAACCGAUGCUCGAAGUUGAAUUGGAGACCACGGCGUUUGGAAAUACUCGCAUCAUCGUCAGUAAGGCGGACCGCGACCCGUAUGAAGUGAUUGACGUUAGGGAUUUGGCUUAGAGUUUUGGGCCGGGACCUGCCGAGUGCAUCGAUAUUGUGGUAAUUGAGAUGACAAUCAUGUAACGCUGGUGAAGAUUUACUCAAUUUGCCGAGAUAAUCCAGGGGAUGGCGAUGGGAGACCACGGGCCUUGAUGAUUGGGGUAUCACCAGCUGCACCAGUUAUGAAUAUCCAAUAAUCACGAAUCGUUCCCAUUCACGUCUCGCCAGUUUCCUUUACUCGGCUCGCCUUUGAGAGCUGCAUCGCCAUCCUCUAUGCACGCAUCGACGUCAAUGCCACCGA